AUGAUAUUGCAGUCGGGCAAUCUUCCUGUCACAAAAGAGAAGCCUGGCGGAAAUGUUCCUCGCCAACGCCCACCCCAAUUGAAAGAACAGGCUCACGAACUCCUUUUCAUAAAUCAGCUUCAUGAUCGAGCCAAGCAUGGACCAAAUCGCCGUACCAUAGGCUCGCAUGUUCAACGACACAUUCAUCGCAGGAAGCGUCUCAAUUCAUGUAUCAGGCUGAAGGCAAACUCACGAGAUGAGGUUCGCCAAGUAAAAGAAAUUGAGGUAUUCAGGCAUGACUCUGCCGUGUCUGGUAUCGUGCCUCGCUACAAAUCAGACACUGAUUCAUGGAAGUUGCAAUUGAGAGGAGAAUCCCGCCAAGUACGCUUGGCCUCCUACAGGGGGCUCCAGGGCUUCCCGAAAGAAUAUGGCAAAACACACAAUAUUGGCACUAUUCACUCAUCGACACAGCUUGCUAGAGAUAAACAUGGCCUUCGUAUUGACCCUUUCAAUUCCUACCCAAUAGAUUUCCGAGAAAGUAUACCUCCGGCAAUAGACUACUUCCUCCACUACUACGCUCCAUUUCAUAAAAUUCGCCCAGAUAUAUUUACCCCCGAUGGUGGAAUGCGCAUUGUUCGCAACUACUUUCGCUAUUCAUUACAGCAUCCAUUGAUGUUUGAGACCAUCGUAACUCUGUCCCGAGCACGCCUAGCUACCAGCAGCUACUCUGGUGUCCAUGGAGAUCCUGAUACUCUGUACCAUUAUGGUCAGAGUCUCAAAAGGCUUCGAGAUGUUGUCGGCAAAGGGGACGCUGACAACGAAGAUGCCACACUAUUUGCAAUCCUAGCAUUGAUUUGCGUAGAGUACACUAGAAAUGACCUUGUGGCCUUCCAACUCCAUCUCGAAGCUCUCAGAAAGAUUGUCACAAUCAGAGGAGGCGUCGAUGCCCUAGGUUGGCCCAGGCUGCUGAAACCAAGCAUUGUUAGUAUUGAGGAAUUCUGGUCCUACUUUUGCAACCAAUCAUACGUCUUUGAGUCCCGAUCUGGAACUCGAUCCCCUACUUCACAUACACCGUUACAUUGCCUGCCGGUUCUGGAGAUUCUAAUCCCAGGAGAACUGUUUGAUUUUUUACCUUCCGGCUUCCGGCUCCUGGCACUACAAAAGAGACUUCGCACAGAUGUUGUUGUACUUGUGAGCAGAGUUCGAGAUUUCCACCUCCCCAUUUUGCAUGAGAAUCCUUCAUUGGGAUCUCUUGCAACAUGGCACCGCACAGAGUCGGCCUCUCUCGAUGAUAUGAAGGGUCCACGUGUGUCGACAGCCGCAGACAUCUGGGUAAUUCAGUAUUGCCAACAGCUCCUCAGAGAGCCCGGAUUGACGACUGUUGAGCGAGCUUGUUGCAUUGGUCUUCUUCUUGUUCUCCUCAGUGGCCCUCCAGACGAGAAGCUGCCCAGUAUCUCUACCGAGGAAAUCCGACAGUAUAACCUCGAACUCAUGCCCAUUUGCCUGGAUGAAUACGAUACCAAUGCCUCGAAUCUCUUUUCCUGGGCUUGUCUGAGUCUUGUGGCGGCAAGUGUAACGUCGCAACAAGACACACAAAUUCCGACGUUGGACUGCGAGCAAGGCAGCUGCUUUCUCCUCCAGAAAGUCGUCGCCUAUUUUCGCCAAUCCAAAACAUUGGCCAAAACCAAGGCAAUCAUGAGACGGUUUAUCUUGACCGAUGCAUCGGAUCAGGUGCUAGAAAAGGCGUGGCAACUGAAGGUCCAGCACCAGCAUCGUUUAAAAGAUAAUAUCGAUAGUUCUUCAGAUUGA